UACAAAUUAUGAUCUGUCAAAAUCUAUUCUUGCAUUUUGCAAUAAUUAAUAAUAUGGCUACCGUUUAAUGUUUUGUUUAGAAUAUUAAUACCCGUAGAUUUGUCAUAUGGUACAAUACGCGACAGCUUCAAUGGAUUGUUAAUAAUUUUUAUAUAUUAAAUGCAAUGUUAUUUAAAGUCAGUGAAAUUCAUUCAAUUAUUUUAUUUUGACUCGUAAAUGCAGAAACCCUGCAAUAAUGCAAAUUUAACCCAUCUAAUCAGUGUUCAGGAGGAAGUAAUUAACAGCAAUUCAUCACCUGCUAUCAAAAACAUGAAGAAAUUCAUACAAUCUAAAAUAAACCAUACGGAAAACAUUCCGAAUCAAGUUGCCGAGACCACAGCACCAUCGCCUGCCGAGAAGAAACUCCACGUCACUCCUGCAAAUGUACAGCCACCAUUACCAUUAGUGCCUCCACCGCCUGACAUACCGUGGACUCCAGUGAAAGUAAAAGAGGAAGUCGAAGAUGCCGAGUAUAAGCAGGAGUUUAAAUAUGAGGCGAAAGAAGAAAAAACUGAGCAAGAAGAUGUUAAACCUCGCGAAGUAUGUCGAGACUUUAUACGUGGCACUUGCAAGCGUGUUGGUCCAUGUAGGUACGCUCAUAAGUAUGACCUAUCUCAGCUUGUUGGGGUUUUUACGUUCUGUCGAGAAUUUCAGACUAAACGCUGUUCAUAUCCUAAUUGCAAAUAUGUGCAUGCUGAUGUUUUUGAGGAGCAAAACUUUUAUCGUACAGGAUAUUUACCUCCUCGUGCUUUUGCUCAUCAGAAAAAAGCUCCCGAGACUACAAGUACUACCACAUCUACCACAGUCACCAUGACCCCAAUGAUUCAAAAUCUUGCACCACCACCCCCACCACCAGAACCAGAAGAACAGCAAUCUCAUCUGCCCCCAGAGUUUGGAUUUUCAAAACCUCCACCAACAUUGCCUGAUAGUUUGUUAAAGGAGUAUGCAGCUUUGCAUUCUACUGACCCCAUGUUAGAUAUGGUUCAAUCCAACCCUCUGAAACGCUCGUGGAAUUCUUUGGAUGGAUGUGGGUUAUUAGAUCUAGAACUAAAUCUAAGUAAUCUUAAUAAAUGUAAAAACUGUGACAUACUGGAGUUUUGCCUCCAACACAGCAGGAGUAAAUUACAGAAAAUCAUAGUUAGUUCUGAGGCUUUAAAGGUUAAAUGUGACAAAUUAGAUCGUAAGAUUGCCAAAUUAGAUUCUAUUCUUAUGAAAGUCUUACGACCAAAUCAGUCAUCAUUUUUGCCAAGUGCUCAUGACUUGCAAUAUAGUAGAGAUAUAUUGUCGUGGGAAAAAAUUUCUUCAUUGUGGAAUUUAUAGAUGAAAAAUCUAUCAGCAACCCUGGUGGUUAUUCUUUAAAGAUUUAAUGUGCAUCUUACUGAGGUUAGGAUUAAUUAUUUAAUCUAAGGAUAGAUACAAGUAGUGUUACAGUGUCAUUCAACAUACUAAGCUUUUAUAUUAAUUACAUAAUCUCUGUAUGUGAACUAGGUAGGCAUAAUGUUAAUGUAGGUAUAUUUAAUAUAGUAUUGUUUGGUAAAUCACACACCUACUAUCUAAGAUAAACAAUAGUAUCAACAUACUGCUAUUGUACUAUAUGUUUAUUAUAUUAACAACCAUAUAGCUACAGCAAACUAAACUAAUAUAGCUCAUAUACAUAAGCUUAUUUUUAUGGGGUUUACACCAAACUAAUAUCUAUAUUAUGUUCAUAAGAAAGUGUUCCUACAAAUACAAUCCUUAUUAUUUUAUUCAUUUUAAUAACAAAAAUUUAUGUUUAUUAUUUGAUUGGACCAUAUAAAUUAAAAAGCUACAUUUGGAUAGCCAGUUCUGUUAAUAUUAGUGUGGUUUUUAAAUGUUUUCUUUGGGUAUUACAUAUAAUUAGUUUGUUCCUAUGAAUUCUUAGAUAAAAACAUUUUAAGUUGUCUAAUUAUUAUUUUGUUGCAAGCUUUUUGUAUUGUUAUUUAUCUUUUACUUUGUUUACUAAGAGGCAUAGUUCAUUUAUUCAUGAAUUAUCACAUUAGUAAACACAGAUAGUCAAAUAGAAUAUACAGAAUUCUCUGGAGGCUACUCAUACUAAAUCAUGAGUACUUUAAAAAGGUAAAUUACAGAAAGUAAGGUAGGUGUAAGAAAAAUAAAAUACUGUUUUUUUUAAUAUAUUUUUUUAUUUAAUGAAAAAUAUUAAGUCAUUGGUUCUGGUUUGCUUUCUUCAUAAUUUUUCUUUAUAACCAAUUUUUUUUAGAUCACUCAAUAAUGUUAAAUAAUCAGUAUCAAUAUUUCCUUUCUUCAAUUUGUAAAUAAACAUACAUACAAAAUCGUAAUGUUGUUUAUUAAAAUGUGAAUAUCUUUUUGAUAGUGAGAUAAUUUUUUUGAGACGUCUGGAGGAAACUUUUUCUAAUUCUCUUUGUAAUUUUGAAAUAGUUGCUUGAUGUUGAUAGCAUAUAGGCUUUACAGAUUUGUGUGUAUUUUUGUUAAUUUAAUAUAAGGAAUCCUAAAAAAACAAAAAUAGGUAACGGUUAACCUGUCCAAUUGAGAAGUAAUAGAAUUUUUGUAGAUGACUGAGAUUCUGUGUAUUAUCUUAAUUUUUGAAUUAAACUUCUAUCUCUGUAAA